AUGCCGAUGACCGUGGUUGAGCUGGGGAAGUUGAUGAUGAUAUCGAACAAAAAGGAUUUCCCAUUAAAGUGCAAUGAUCGCUGUAAAGAAGUACUCAAAUAUCCUGAAUCGUUCAGAGCAUCGCUGCUGCAGGUUCGUGGUCUUCAUGCAAUCUAA